AUGUGCAGAGACAGAUUUUCACCGUCACGUUCUGAUAUUCAAAUUCUUAAUCGUGCCACUUGCCACUCUGAUUGUCACAAGGCUACGUCGCAAGUAUCGUUGUUUUUGUCUCCUGGUUUGGCGGAUAGAAGCAUUGGUAACAGAAGCUUAGUUUGUCGGGCAUUUUCUUCUGUGGAUGCAAGCACUUAUAAUGGAGUUGCUUUAGAGUCUUCUUCUCAUGCUGCAGAAGAAAAAGUUGGUGUGUUGCUUCUCAACCUAGGUGGACCAGAGACGCUGGACGAUGUUCAACCUUUUCUGUUUAAUAUGUUUGCUGAUCCUGAUAUCAUUCGGCUCCCAAGGCUGUUCCGUUUUCUCCAGCGACCAUUGGCAAAAUUGAUAUCUACGCUCCGAGCUCCUAAAUAA